AUGUUAUUAGGAGCAGAUUAUUUUUGGCAAAUAUUACGUGUCGGGCAGGUUAAACUAAACAGCGGACCGAUCAUGCAGAAUACCAGGUUGGGCUGGAUAAUUUCAGGCCCGGUAGCUACUAUCGCGUCACAUUUAACUUAUUCCGUGUUUUAUAAUCAAACAAAUAGCGAUCAUAUCGUAGAAUUAAAUAAACAAUUAGAACGUUUCUGGAAGAUUGAAGCAGUGGAAGGUCCACCUCCUCAGUCAAAAAAGAAUGUAUUAUGCGAAGAGCAUUUUCAAAAAACGACACAGCGUGCAGUUGAUGGCAAGUUCAUAGUAAAAAUUCCCUUCAAAGACGACAUCAAUAAAUUAGGAGAAUCGUUCAAAUGCGCGGUAAAUAGAUUUUUUAGUAUGGAGCGAAAGUUCAAAAAAUUCCCUGAAUUCGGAAAACAAUAUAAAGAAUUUAUGCAAGAAUAUCGGCAGUUAGGUCACAUGCGUAAGAUAGUUAAUCCAACAAUAGCGAGCCCUUGUUAUUACUUACCACAUCAUGGCGUUAUUAACGAGAAUAGCACAACAACUAGAUUACGGGUGGUGUUUGACGCUUCUUGCCCAACUACCACGGGAUACUCGUUUAAUGAUAUCCAAAUGGUUGGACCCACAAUACAGCCCGACUUAUUCAGCGCGCUCAUAAGAUAUCGAAAGUACACGUACGUAAUAGCCGCGGACAUCAGAAAAAUGUAUCGUGCAUGCUUAAUGAAUUCGGAGCAAACAUCGCUGCAACGUAUUCUAUGGCGUGAUUCUGAAGAAUUGCCUAUUGACACUUACGAACUGUUAACCGUAACGUACGGCACGGCAUCCGCGAGCUACCUAGCAACACGGUGCCUAAAGCAACUGAGCAUUGAAUGCUCAGAUCCGGUAAUAUCAGAAGUAAUCGGGAACCACUUCUAUGUAGACGAUUUACUUACAGGGGCGGAUUCAAUAACAAAGCUUUCUCAUAUUAUUGGUAAGGUUAAAUCUAAAUUACUUGAAGGCGGUUUUGAAUUAGCUAAAUGGACGUCAAAUAACCUCCAAAUUAUUCGCGAGCUUACUUUAACAUCUACGAUAGACCGGGUCGAUUUAGGCAAAUACGAAAACACUCGAACUUUGGGAUUAUUGUGGGAUCCUACAAGCGAUGAAUUUAGAUAUCAAAUAAGUGAAG